UUUCAACUGGCUCCUACAUCCUUCCCUCCGGUUAGGACUUGGCAGUGAGAAAACGAGCCCUAGCUUGUUAUCUGUUGCUGUCGCCGCUCACUGUUCUUAUCCUCCGGGAUUAUUACUUAUCCAAUAAAAAUGGCUAAUAGAGAAGAUUUAGACAUCGAUGAUGAUUUUAGUGAACUCUACAAGGAAUAUACUGGUCCUCCAAGAACCAAUACAACUGACCCCACAAAGACUAAUAAAACAUCCCAUGCCGCUUCAGAUGAAGAAGAGGAAACCCGAGACCCAAAUGCUGUUCCUACUGAUUUUACUAGCCGGGAAGCUAAGGUUUGGGAGGCAAAAUCUAAAGCUACUGAAAGGAAUUGGAAGAAAAGAAAAGAAGAAGAAAUGAUUUGUAAAAUAUGUGGAGAAUCUGGUCAUUUUACUCAGGGUUGUCCAUCUACUCUUGGAGCUAAUCGCAAAUCUCAAGAUUUCUUUGAAAGGGUUCCUGCAAGAGAUCCUCAAGUAAAAGCACUCUUUACUGAGAAGGUUAUAAGCAGAAUAGAGAAGGACAUUGGGUGCAAAAUUAAGAUGGAGGAGAAAUUUAUGAUUGUUAGUGGCAAGGAUAGACUAAUCUUGGCCAAAGGUGUAGAUGCUGUUCACAAAAUUAAACAUGAAGGUGACAAGAAAGUUGGUUCGAGUUCCAAUAUUGCUAGGUCAAGGUCACCAGAAGGGAGAAGUCCCAUUACCUCCAGAAUGGGACGCUCUGAUUCUCAAAGGUCUAACCCCAGUCCUAGAAAUUCUUCACAUUAUAACCAGCGGUUUGGCAGGCAAGAGAAGAUCAUUGAAGAGCGGGUGCGUGAAGAUUUGCAAAAGUUACCAAGGGGGUCCCCACAAGCAAGAGCUUAUGGGAAUGAUGGUGCCCGGGGUCGGUCAACACAUUCAAAAUCUCCUGCUCGACCUCCUUAUACUGGUGGUGCACAUAGUUCAUAUGAUGGUCACAGCCACAGCAGGGCAGUGCACAGGAAUAAAGGAUGGGAUGCUGACAAGCGUGGACCUGAUUUGCAAUCUAGCAGUAAAGGGGACUACUCUACCUUCCCUCAGACGUUGGAGGAUUUACAUUUGGAAUAUAAGAAGGACGCAAUGGAGAUGACAAAAAUCCGAGACAAGGAAGAAGAUGAAGAAAAUAACAGACAUCGUGAGACUGUCAGGGAAAUGAGGGAAAACUACAUGAAGAGAUUUGCUAUGUUGCGAGCAAUGCAUGCAAAGCAGUGGGAAGAGUUUCUUCAACUUGAUGCCCAACAGCGGGAACAGAGGGUGCGUCAGCACAUGCCUACUUCAGGAUUUGAUGGUUAUAAACAAGACAGUUACUCCGAAUAUGACAAUGCUGUUGGCAAUCCUUAUGCUGCCAAUAUGCAAAUGGAUUUAAGGGGCCCAGAACCAGGUUGGGCAUGAUUGAGGGAGCACUGAGUCUAAGGUUUGGUGGUAACCAGAAUCUAAAAUCUGGGUUGAAUCUUGUUUUCUGUUUAUGCUUAUAUAUUUUUGUCUUAGAUAUGAUUGCGGUUGAAAUAGUGAAUUAUUGUCUUAAAAGGAGGAUGAGAUGUUGGAUUCAAGUAUCAUGACAAGUUGAAGUUAAAAGAAGAAAAAAAUGCAAGUUGCUUGAAUUAAUACAAGCUUAAAGGUCCACUUGGUAUUAAAAUCUUAUUACUUUUUCAUGUGUGUUGCACUAUUGCCUUGGUCUGGCGUACCCCUCCAAUUAGCAUUACUAAUUUUUGGCAAUUUGCUUAUCUUUUGAUAAGUAGAGUUGUUCAACGAGGUUACAUAGUAGUAAUUAAUAUAGAAAAACAAUGUGCUGCUGCUCGAGGUCCUCAAUUUGGAGCUGCAUAAUCAUAGAAAAUUGAAGCAUUUGGAGAGAAAGAAGUAGUAAGUAGGUAAGCAAGCAUUAAGGAGAUACCUUGUCCUAGAAUUGUUCCAUAAAAAGAUCAACUCCAGUUAUAUGUGUUGUAGCAUUUUCAUGAGUCAAUAUAACACCUCUGGGAUCUCCAUUGGUGCCGCUUGUGUACAUGAUGGUACAUAUGUCACAUGCCUCAGGGGUCAUGGAUGUUCACUACCCUAUUCGUUCGUUCAUUCUUAAUCUCUUCAAAUCAUAAACUAUAUUUUACUCAAAUAUACAUAUGAAGCUCUGGGCAUUGCAAGCCUACAUCCAAGCAUCUUGUAAGUGUUGUUAGGAUACUUGUGAACAGAAGUCUCAAAGACAUCCCAAGUUGUUUUCAUAUGAGAAUCCAAAGGUGGAAAAGAAUCCUUGGCAACAAGAUUACGGUAAACAUGGAUCACCUUUUCCUUUUCCUUUUCUUCCAUCCUCCACCUUCACACCAAACUGCUUCUCCAUUACUACUACCCUAUUUCAAAUGCUAUUUAAACUACUACUAGUAGUAGUUAUGUUAUAAAUUCAUUAUCAGUUUUAUCUGUAUUAUAUCAACCCUG